UGUGGCUCCAUGGUUCGAAGCGCAAAAUGUUCGUCCCAAACUAAAUUGAGAUUUCUGGGUUUAGGUUUUGUCACAAAUUUUGGGUUAAUUUCACCGAAAAAAGAAGCUCCAUCUCUGUCAACUUGUCGCUGGAGAAGACCCAGGUCUCGUCAAUGGCUUCUAGGUUUCUUAGUUUGAGACGCGCUUUAUCUCUCUAUUGCAAUAAUCAAAAACAUCGGAUUGCUUUGUCUCAAGCAGGUAAGUUUCCGCAAUCAAAGUCACUCUUCAGCAGAGAUUAUGCAUAUGUUGGAUUAUUUCAGAGGCAAUUUUGUGUAACCCGUGAGGCUAGUGCAGCUUCAUUAACCAAUGGCUGCAACUCUUCACAAUCCGCCGCUGAACUGGCCAAAGUUCCCUCCCCUGCAACGGCCUCUGAAGAACUGAUUGUGAAAUACAAGUCCCAGUUGAAAAUAAACCCGAGGCAUGACUUCAUGAUUGUCUUUACUUGCAAGGUCUGUGAGACGAGAUCUAUGAAGACGGCGAGCCGAGAAUCAUAUGAGAAGGGCGUUGUGGUGGUACGAUGUGAAGGGUGUGAUAAUCUACAUUUGAUUGCAGACCAUCUUGGUUGGUUUGGAGAACCGGGAAGCGUGGAGAAUUUCCUGGCUGCUCGCGGGGAAGAGUUCAAGAAAGGUUCCAUGGAUUCUCUUAACCUUACAGUUGAAGAUUUAGCUGGAGGAAAGAUGUCCAAUGAAUAGAGCAAGCUCUUCUUUGAUUUUGCUAUUGUAACCACUAGGAUUUGAACUUGUUAUUCUACUCAGAUUGGCACAUUGGUCUUGGUUGAGAAUUGUAGUUUUGGUCAGAACCAGUUCAUAAACGCCUUAGCAAUAACUAAGUUGGUUCUGGAUAUAACCAUCAAAUUAAAGUUCAC